CCGCUCUAGCGUUGCCAAAUGUCAUCAAAUACACACAUCUUGACUGGAUAUCCUUAAGUGAACAAUAGCGCUGAGGGAUCUGGGUUUUUUUGUUUUUUUUUUGGUGCAAAAUCUGGCAACACAACAUUUCGUUACAGCUAUCAAAACACGUGGGACGGAGGUUUACGGUGAGCGGGGUUGGAUUCAUGGUUUCAGGUGAAAGAAUCGCAAUAAAAACAAACAAAUAAAACUGAUUAAAAACAAAACGUAUUCAAAUCGAUUCUUAUUAAAUAAUUAAAGUCCACUAAUCGAGAUGUGUCUGAUGUAAAUCAGUUGGAAAACAUGUAACACCGACCGGUUUGUAAACUGUCCUUUACACUCAUUAUGACUCACUAUGAGUAACGUCAUAGUGCAGAGGACGCUCUGGGAGACUGUGACACAAUCCUUCAAACUGCCAAUGGCGCUCAUACGGUGGAUCAUAACAAAACUGAUAAAUCCAGCCUGGGUGGGCGCGCAUCCGUCUCGAAAGAUGGCUGGUGAAGCAAUAGUUGGCAAUAAAAGAAGAAAAAUGGUUGUAGGGUUGGGAAAUCCAGGCAUGAAUGGCUCUCGACAUAGUGUUGGUAUGGCUUUUCUCACAACAUUAGCUGAACAUUUGGGAGCAUUGGACGGCUGGAGAUCAGACCGACAAGUGUCAGGGGAGGUCAUUCUCACAGACCUUCAAGAUAUCCAGUUGGUUAUUCUCCGGCCCAAGUUGCUUAUGAACAUCAAUGGCAUAAGCGUUGCAAAAGCAGCCAGCAAAUAUUUUAUUCAGCCCAAACAUAUUUUCUUGAUUCAUGACGAGCUUGACAAACCGCUUGGGAAGUUUGGCAUUAAACACGGUGGAAGUGCAAGGGGUCACAAUGGUGUGAGAUCGUGUGUGGACUGCCUUCAUACUGAUAUAAUGCCACGGUUGCGUAUUGGUAUUGGACGACCAUCGGGUAAAACAUCUGUUGACCGUCAUGUUUUGGGACGUUUUUCACAAGAGGAACAAAAAGUUCUGGACUCUGUCAUGAAGCAAAGUUUGGAUGUCCUGCUGACAUAUCUCACAGACGCGCAACCCCAGACUUCCCCAGCAGAGGGAAGGAGAGUGUCACGAAAGAAUAAAGAGAGGACACUUUCAUCUCCUCUGGGUGUCAUAGAAGAGCAGAAACAGAACUGAGCUCCUGUUACCAUAAAGAAUAUCUUAAUAACAGUGUUUCUGUUAUGAAGGAGUUGAGUUUUGGUAUAGUGCGAUGUUUAGAUCCCAAACAGAGGAAAGGAGAGUGUCACCCAAGAUAAAAAAAUGGACACUUUGACCACCUCUUGACACAAACUUGACAUGAUAUGAUAAAUUGUGUUCUUUAUAACUCUAUCUGUUCUGAAGUAGCUGUGUUUGUUAGGAUGCAGUGUUUAAGAUCUGUGAGAGGCGUCAUCAUUGAGUACAGCACUACCAUCUUUUGAAGUUCUGUAGAUUUAUUUGGAUGCAACAACCAAUUUGUUUAUCUGUGGUGGUUUGAAACAUGAACAAGGUUGACUAUAUAAUGUAAUGGUUUGUCAUUUCAAAUAAUUGGAUUAUCUUUUAACUUAAUCUUUGCAGCAUUGUUUUUUUGUUUGUAUGUUUUUUUGUUUUGUUUUUUUAUUAAAAAUUUUUUCACACUUUCAA